AUGGUUUCUCCUCGUUCCCAGAAUAAAAUGCCUCCCCUUUGCACGAGGCUGGAGGCUGUCUGUCACCGGCCCUCACGCUCCUGCUCCAGGCAGCCUCGCUUGGUUUCCCUGAGUGGACCACGCGUUCCAACAAAACCAGGCUCCUGGCUUUUUCUUGUUUUUCCUGUGCCCCUGUGUUCAGCAGGGGUGGUCCCCUGCCAUCUUGCCUCUGCACCCACCUGCGGCAGCCUCAGCACCUCCACUGCCCUCUCCCAAGACCCUGGCAGGGAGCAGCCCCCAUACCCAGCCCUGCCCCUGGGCCAGACUCCCACACGCCCGUCCCCCUCGGGUGGGACUUUUUGUUGUGUCACGGUUCUUGUGGGGCAUCGUCUACCACCUCUUGGGGUACGAGCUCCAAGAGAGAGGCUUAGGAAGGGAGGAGGAGCGCAAAUACAUAUUUGGUGCCUGCUGUCUGCCAGAUACCAUGUUAGGCUCUCGUCGGAGAGUUCAUGGCGUUCUUUCCCGUGGCUGGUAAGUGGCCGCUUGUGGUUGAGCCCCGGCCUCCCGCAACCUUUGCGUUUUUCUCUCUGCAUCCUCAGUGUUUGCAAGAUGCCUAUGAGGAGGUGGCUCCCCGCUAUGUGCCUAUUUAAGGAGUUUGUAAGUCCCGUGUGGGAGCUGGGGGGCUGGUCUGCUUGUGUCCGUAGCUCUUCCUCCCGUGCCUACCUCUUUAACCUUCUCCUCUUCUUUGCGACCAGGCUCACUCAAGAUGCUGGCUUGUUUGUAGCUGAGAUUGAGGUAUUAACAAGCUCCAGGUCUUCUGGUUGCCUUGCCCUAGAAGAGGUGGUGGAGGUGGGCUGGUUCCGGCUUCCUCAGAGCGCAGUGCCAGGGCAGGGAGCCGGGACCUCGGAGCUGCACAGACCUAGGUCUCGUCUCCUGCCUCUUGUUAACUCGGUGGUCUUAGACAAGCCGUUUGAUUGCUCUACGUCUUCUAGUCCUUGGCUGGUGAGAUGGAGCCACAGCAAUCCGUACUGUGGGUAUUCCUAGUAGAUACCUCUGCAGCUCACUUCUCCUGCCUGGUGGCUUAUCGGAGACCUAAAACAUGGGUAUGGAGGGUGGCUGGAGCAGAACCGGGGGGGCGGUAACCCGGGCAAGUGGGCACCUCGAGCCUGCGGGAGGUGGUGCCCCCACCCACCCACUGGUGCCGUGGAGUGGCGGGCGUCGCUGCGGUGGCAGAGUGAGGGUUAAGCAGCGAGCUCACAGCCUCUUGGUGCCAGGUUCGCUUCCCUCCCUCCCGCAUCUCAGCAGUGGCUGCCUGCUUCCUGCCGCUCCGGUCCCGUGGGAGGGGAGGUGGGCACCCUGAAGCCCCUCGUCACCGAUUCCGGGCCGCAGAGCGGAGAGUGACGACAGCCAGCCAGUCGUCAGUCGACGGCAGUGGGGACCCUGGUGACGGCUGCUUUGUUGUUUUUUUCCUCUUUGGAAGAUGACUCAGUGUGUCGGGAGCCGGGAGAUGGAGCUCGCAGCCGAGUGGCCAGGAUGUUCUGUCAACAUGAAAGCAGCAAAAACAGCUCAGCGGGGCGCUGAGCCGAUCCUCUCUGCCCGGGGUCAUUGUCAGGGAGGGCUGGGCAGAGGAGGCCAGCCCCGGGCACCAGGACGCGGGUGCCCGGGGUCAUUGUCAGGGAGGGCUGGGCAGAGGAGGCCAGCCCCGGGCACCAGGACGCAGGCGACGCCAGGUAACUCGACAGGGCUCUACGAGCUCGCGGAUUUUAGAGACUGGCGAGCAAAUACAGCUGUUUGUGUUGUCAGUGAGCUUGGCAAACAGGGUCAUUUUUUGAGCUCUUCUCCCUGGUCCCAAAAGACAGACAUUUUCUCAGGGCCGGAAGGGAAACCUGCCGGGAUUUCUCGCCAUGGCUCUGUCUGUGGUGGUCUUGGUGGUCGACCCUUGCAGCGCAGGUGUGUGGCAGGCAGAGGAGGUGAGCUCCAGCCGUCCGGGACCCCAGGAACAAGUGCGGCUGCGGAGACAUGGCGUCUUAGGCGGUCUCUGCCGGGCGGGCUUUACGUGAAGCUGUUGUGUCCCCUCGCCGGCCCUCAGCCGAGGGCAGCCUAGGCUCCCUGCCUGACUGUCCCAACCGAACCUGCUUCUUCGUCUUCCUCAUUUCCUUCUUAGGUGCAACAGUGGACCUGGAGUCCUUGACCUUUUAGUGUUUUUGCGCAUCAUCAUGGCGGCUCGGGUUCUAGACUCUUCUUGAUUCUGCAGCAUUGCGCCACGGGCGCGUGAUUCCCCCGCGGCCCCGCCCGGCGGGCCCCGCCCUGCCCCGCCAUGCCUUCUUGGGAGCAGGAGAGAAGAUGCACCUACCUCCACAGCCACCACAUCCUGGCCGGACCACCGUUCCCGGCCGGAGCACGCAGCGGAGGAGCACCUGUCUGCCUGGCCGGGUGCCCCUCCCCCCGUCUCCUCUCAUGCUAGCCCUGACAUUUGUCACCGGGCACCACCUCCUCUCCCCAGGGACCUCCCAGGGUGACUCACUUGGGAUCUCUGGUAGGAGUGGCUCCUGGGCCCCGAGAACCCGAGGGGCCAGGGGGACAUGACCGAGGUCACAGCCGAGAGUGGAGCACGGCAGGGGAUGGGAGCCAGGCGUCCCCACCCAGAGUGCAAAGGCAGCCACAGCCCCUGCACGUCAUGUCUUUUUGAGCCCGAGCGCACAGCAGCUUGACCUAAACAGAUGGCGUCUAUGUGGGCGUUGGGAACUUCAGUGUCUUGUAAUUUCUUCAUCGCAAAGCGCACACAGGAUGAGCGUCCGGAUUCUGUGCUCCACGGCUCUGUUUUUCUGAACGAGGUGAUGGACAGCCCCUCCUUGGUCAGACCCUGUACCCACUGGCACUGGCCUUUCUCCAGGACGGUGGACCCCCGGGUCACUUCUGCCUGGCUGUGUCUUGCUUCUUUCGCUGCAUGAUGGACAGCAGCUUCGGGCCAUGGCCCAGGGGCCGCGUAUCAGGCCCAGAAGGGGUCCCGGCGAGGGCGAACGCAGUUUGCAGCUUGGUUGGCCCCAUGAGCUGUACCACCCACCUCCCUUCUCUCGUCCCUGCAGAGCAGACAGGAGAGUGCGGCUGGCUGCAUGAGUGGGUGACAACCUUUUGGCGACUCAGGCUCGGCUGAGGACGGUGCCAGGGUGCAGAAGAGAAGCCGUCGCGGUGCCGGAUGGAGCGGCUCGCUCGCAUUUAUUUGGAACAGAGAAGGGAGACGCCUGGCAGCCCUGCUCUGCAAGCUCUUGCGGUCCCUGCCUUCCUCCGCCACUUCCUUGAGGAUAUUUGAGGGCACACUCGGCCACUAGCGUCCGGGAGCUGGGCCUGCUCGGGGUUGCUGGGAGUGGAGCCGCCGGCUUGUGUGGCUCUGGGGCCCGCGUGCUGAUUGAUGUGACGUGAUCCCAUUCUUGUCAGUGAGUCAGCACCAGGCUGCUCGCUGGAAACCAGAUGCAGCAGGAAAACAGAACCUCACGGCCUCCCUGCGUCCCAGAGAGAACCUGUGGAAGCUGCUGCUGUUUGCAUAUAAAAAGAGAAAACAAGGUGUUCCUUCCAGGAAACACGGAGCUACUCCAGUCCUGUGUUUGUACCGUCACCACUGCCUGCCCUGCCUUACAGCACUAGGGACAUUGACAGGCAUUGGAGAGGUGAGUGUGAGUGUGUGUGUAUGGUGUGUGUGUGUGUGUGUGAGAGAGAGAGAGAGAGAGAGAGAGAGAGAUAGGAGGAGGCGGGGCCAGCUGUGGGUUGUGAGGGAGGAAGUGGGAGGUGGGAGAGGAGCGCCAGCCCUGGGAGCCCCAGGCUCUGCCUGCGAUGGUGAAGGCACAGGCGCGUCUCUAGUGGCCACACGAUUUGGAGGCAACCCAGAGUCUGAAAUAAAUUAGUUAAUGGUGAAAUGAGAGUUGUAGUAACUGUGGAAAAUCAUGCAUCCUUUUGUGUUAUUACCACCUGCACAGUUCCCAGCACAAGGCUGACGCCAGGGACCCUGGGCUGUCUCUUAACACGGGGUGUGGGUGGGGAGCAUCCCCCCAACAGGCCGUCUAAGACCCCUGAAAUCACUGGGUCUAGUCUGCAAGGCAACUGCAGGCAGGACUCGAGGUCCCAUAUAAACCUAUCACAGGCUCGUUUUUAGGUUCGUCAUUGCGUAAGGCCUGCAAAUGAUGUUAUAAAUGUCCAAAUGGCCUUUGGCAGAAAAAAGCUUCCCUUCCCGCUGCUCACGUCAGCCUUGCCGGUGGCUGCUUCCUUUCCUGUUUGCCGCUCUGGUUUGUGAGGUAUAUGCGAAUGUGAGUGCGUACACCCCUUGGCGUGGGGCAGGGGGUUGGGUCCAGGACAUCCCUCCCCUGGUCUCCCCAGCCCUGGGUGCCAAGAGUCCCAUACGCUUCUGUGAACACUGUGUAGUAGUUGCAUAUUACCCACAUUCCUUCGCGUUCUUCCUAUCAUCUUUGGAUUAUGUGUAAUACCUAGUAUGGCGAAAAGGCCGCGUGGAUAAGGAGCAGUCGUACUGCCUGAAGAAUAGCAACAUGGAGUAGAGCGUGCAUGGGCAAGCAAGUUUAAUACAAGUGUGUUGUCUGUGGCGGCUGAGGCCGGGAGCCCGCAGCGGGAGGGCCGACGGCCUGUCCCCUGCAGUUGGGGGCGUGCAGUUGCCCCAUGGUCGCUGGAGGCCGUGAACACGUGGCCUUGAUUCAGGUGUGUCAGCACGCCGCAGUCCUGGGUGGGAGGGAGCUGCCUGCAGAGCUCGUUCCCAGGAGUCCAGGACUGACGUGGCUUGGCCCGGGGCCUGAGUGGCCGAGACCUAGGGUGUCCUUGCCGGGACCGCCCCACCCCCCGUACUGUGUCGUCUGCCCAGAGCUUAUCAUCUGCUGCCGCUCCUCAGCUCGGACCCAAGCAGUGACCAUGGCUCACCCUGCCAGAGGACGGGCACAGGCAGGGCGGAAGGGAACACAGGCUCCUGGCCGCUGGCCUCCCUCCAAGACAGGUGAACUUUGUGUUCAGAAAGGAACUUCUUUAAUCUUUUGGCCUUUAAUAGAAGUUAUUUGUAUUUUCUCUCCUUUAUUUUCCCUCCUCUCUCUCUCCCUCCCUCCCUCCUUCCCCUUCCCCCCUCGCCACCCCCCCCCCCCCAGCCUCCGAAGAAUUUAAUCUGCUGGACAACAAACAAUACUGUUAUAAAACUUUGAAAACAAGAGGGCGAGGCCUCCCUGACAAGGAGAGGGGCAUGCCGGGUAACGGCCCGGGGGAGCGUGCCAGCCCCGAGAUGGAGCCGGGCAAGAGCCCAGUUGGCUGGGUACCUGGGCUCCUGCCCCUGCCCAGCCCACUCGCCAUGCCGUCCCCCGUCCAGGAACCGAAAGGAAAGGGGGGCACAGAGGAGCUGGAAAAGGGAAGCUGUACGGGCUCUCCUGAUCUGAUGGGAACGCAGCAGACUGCAAACUUCCUCCUCCACCUUCCUCCCCUCCCUCUCGCCCUCCCCCUCCCCCCUCCUCCUCCUCUGGCUGCCUCCUGCUACUCACUGUUCUUGAGACUGGCCGGCAGAGGUCCUGAUAACCUAAGGAGGCUGGGACAGCAGUGUUGUCAGCCCAGCAGAAGCCGGGAAGGAGGCAGGCCUGGGGCUGCCUGGCCCUCGGUGCGGCCUAGCUGCCAGCCCCCCCCCCCCCCAGCUAGGGAGGUGGAGCCACGUCACAGGGUGUGCCCUGGUGCGUGUGCUCUGCCAGGUGCGCACCUGCGCCACGAGGUGCAUGGCUCUGCGCCGGCUUCCUGGUGCUGCCUCCUCCGGCCGAGCCGGGCCGGGAUGUCUGGCUUGUAGACAUGCUCUCCGCUCCGCCACACUGCUGCUCUCCGUCCCAGGAGGAGCGGAGGCUGUGCUGCACAGGCUGGGCGUGCCCCUGGAGUGGCUCCUGGGGACCAAAGCGAGCUUUUCCCAGCUGGCAGGUGCGUGGGCCUGUGACAGUGGCACCUGGUGGGACACCGUGCCUUAGUUACAGCGUGGCGGCUGGAGGAGGGAGCGACCCAGCCCUGCCUCGGGGGAGGGGUGGCAGGGGGCCUCUGGGCAUCUCCCACUAGCCCUUCGGAGGUGGAGCCCUGUGAAGCUGAAGCUUCUCUUCUGGUGCACCUCCGCUAGCCGAGCAGGUGAAUCGGGCGUGGCGAGGUGGCGCCCUUCCUUUGGGUUGCGUCGGGCAGGGCCUGGGAGCUGUGUGGGGGCGUUGUUUGUGUAGUGGGUUGUAGGCAUGCUGACUUGUCCUUUCCCGGGGAGCGCUGGCUUCCUGGGCGGCAGCACAGGGCUGUGCCUGUCCUCUGUGAGAGCUGAGACCCCCGCUCUGUCUGGGAACAUGGACACCAGGCUGUGGUCCUCCAUCCCUGCUCCCUAUGCCCGUCUCAGGCCAGGGCCGGCUGGCCACCGUGCCUUCCUCUCUGUCCGGCCAGCAGUCCCCACCCAGAACCUCCCCUGGGGAGUUUCCGAGAUUUUGCUGAUGGUGUCGAGGAAGGGACAGAAAACCUAGCUUGUUGGGAGUGCAGCUGCCUAGAAAUGUAGGCCUGUGGAGCCCGGGGAGCUGAUGCUGGGCGCAUGGGUGCUUGGAAGGCUGUGACUUCUUGCCCUGUUACGCAAGGAGCCCAGAGGGGCUGGAGGAUGUUACUGGGGUCCAGGGCCUGGGCCGAGCCGUGGUCAGGAGGCUGCUGGGAUGGAAGCACCUGAUGGAGAUGGCCAGAGGCUGGGGGCCAGUCAGCGCUGGGCCCUUCCACGCACAGCCUUCAGUUUAUCACUCUUUCCUCUGAUUCAUUAACCACCGCGAGCUGGCAGCAGGCCCCGCCCUGACAGCUAAAGACAGAAUGUCCAGGACACUGGGCCUGGGCCGAGAGUGACAGGAAGCUGGGCCGGCCUUUCCGUCCCUGCAGACAAUACCCCGGGACUGUCUGGAGGGCAGGUCGUUCCCCUUUUGCUAAAGGGCCUGCCCGGAGCCCCUCUCACCAAGACGAGCUCUUCCCCGCUGCCAGGAGCCCUGAAACCAGCAUUCCCAGUGGCAAGAAGAUGGAGGAUCUGGCUCGGCUUCCGGCACCUCCCCCAGCCUGGCUGGAGCUCGCAUCCGUCACGUAAGUAGCGGUGACUCAGCACCCAGCGCUGGGUCAGGAGGGAGACGCUGCUGCCUUGGCAGGAACCUUCCCACGUUCCGGAUCGUGCACGCUGCGGCCGCGCAGAGCAGGCAAGCAGGACCUGGUUGCUGGGGGCCCGCAUCUCUCUGCUCCGCGGGUUUUUGCUUUUGGUGGGGGGUGGCGUGGGAGAGGCAUCUCGCAGAUCAGGAACCCCUUUGCUUUCUGUGUUAUUUUAGGAGCACCCUUCUGGGCCUAGGAUGUGUAGGGCUCUGAGAGACAUAGCCUGGCUCCAGUCAAGUAGAAGCUGCCUGUGCAAUCUCCACCCCGUUUUCGGCCAAAGGCCCGUGAGUGGGAUUUAACCCUUGGAUGGGGCUUGCUUGGCCCGCGUGGCGCGUGUUUGCGUAUCUGGUUUUGUGUGUCCUCAGACAAAACACGGCCUCCCCAGGCCACUGUGUGCUGCUGCUGUGGCUGCUGCCCAGUCCUCUGCCGAACACUGGGCUGAGUGGGACGGUCCACCCCGGCCUCGGCUCUGCAGACGGGUUCACCGAGGCCCAUUCAGGGCAGGCAGCAGCUCCCUGCUCCCAGAGCUGGCGCCAGACGGUGUUGGAGCCACUGUGUGACCCUUUCUCUACCGCCAGGUCCCUGCCCAGGCAGAGGAGCGUCCUGCAGUGAGGGCGGGGAGGGGGGGAGCUGCUGAGCGCGGAGCCCAUCGGGCUGGGGCUGGGGCUGGGGCUGGGGCUGGGGCUGGGGCAGGGGCAGCUCGCCAGGGGCUUUGCCCCCAGGCAAUCUGUGGGCUGAAGUGGCAGAAUCCAGUGGCUCUGAGCGGGCAGCGGGGCCCUCGGCAGGCUGUGUGUGCCGGGGCCACCUCCUGAGGGUUCUGGCUGGCCCUCGGGCUCCUUGCCUGGGACUGGCUGUCCCUUCCAGCAAGGCAGAAGUGCCACUCGCUCCAGGGCAGUCAUCGCUGAGCUGCCUGUAGGAGGAGGGGCCCUUGGUUCUGUGGCGAGAGCUGAGACCGGCUGGCCCUUGGGAACUGAGUGGAGUCUGGGAGGGUAGGAGAUUUCGGGGUGAAGAUUGCUAUGGCCCCUCCUUCCUGUAGAGCACCUACAGCCCGCAUGCCAGUGGUUCCUUGGCGUGUCUUCAGGGAGCUGAGCGUUAGGUGGUAGCCCCAAGAGAGGGGAGCCAGGACUCGGGGCUCCGGUGCCUGCCUCUUAGUUCUUUCUCUUGUGGUGGGGGCCCCUUACUGUCUGUGCAGCUCCUCUGCUGGACUCGGGCUGGCGCUGGGCUUUGUGGGUAGCAGGAGCCACGUUACCUGACCACGGUAAUCAGGCAGGGUAAGUGCUUUCUCAAGGACAGGGCACCCGAAGCCUCCCCCAAGCCAGGCAGGACUGGGACGCUUUCCUUGAGCUGAGGUGAGAAGCAGGAUGGGGGCACGGGCGGGGGCCGCUGAGGGGCAGCAGCUAAGGGCGAGUGUGUGGAGAGCUGGGAGUGUUCCAGAGAGGGCACAGCACAGCCAGGUCUCCUGUGACGGCACAGGGAAGGGAUUUGUGUUUCCUGGCGACAGGAGGUCGCCAAGGAAGACUGUGAGUGCCGAAGUGCAAAGCCGAAAAGCUGAGGACUCCCAGACGGGACCCGUGCACCCCGCAUAUCACAAGAUUUGGACCCUUGCUGACAGCUCUCAUUCCGCACACACGCCUGCCGUUAAACCCCUCACUGUUACCCGCUUCUCAGGGCCCAGAUGCCAUCACUCAGAGCCAAGGGCUGCAGUAGGACCCGCUGGGCAGGCUCCCCCACCCCACGCAUCUCUGUGUCAGGCUGGGGAGGGGAGCAGAGUAGUGCCUCCGAGUCACCUGUCCCCUUGCGGGACCAGAGUCCUGCCCCAUCACCCACCCACGGGUAGCGCGUUACCUGCGGGGCCUUCAAAAGGAUUGCGAGCAACUAGAAUAAAGAGGCACGUUUCUGUUUGCUGCGAAGAGGAGCCGAGAGAAGUCCGCGUGUGUUUUCUCACAGUAUGCACUUUCCGUGACCCUUCUGAAGACCCCUCCUACGUAAUCAGCACCAUCCCGCCUCAGGACCCCGCCCCCCCAGAAAUACCGCUGGGGCUCCCCUCCCUCUCCUGCUCAUGAUUAAGUCCAAGAACAAAAUGUGAGGGCACUCCAGGCUGUAGGGCGGCCCCGGGGGGAAAGACGGGCAGACGUGGGACCUCAUGUAUGGGUCAUGUGACUGCGGACUAGCACCUUAGCUUCGUAAAGAUCAGCUUCUACUGAAAACAAAAAAACCAAAAUGACCUCCGCUUUCUAGGACUGUUGUGAGAAUGAAAUAGCAGAAUUCUUGAGGUCCACAUUUUCUUUCUUUUCCUUAAAGCUACACUACCGUUAGUGCCAGGAUCCAGGAAGACGACAAACCCAAAUCUAAAGGUCUGAAGAACUGGCAGGGAACCCGAAAGGUACAUCUGUACCCGUUUCUUCCUCUCGGUUAUGGUAUCAGAGGAAACACUUCACCAAACCAGAAGUGGUGAUGCAAAGGAAGAAACUGAUUUGAAGUUCAGUUUGCAAAUCUUAUUUUCAGGCAAAUUUGAAAACAAAAACUUGAUUCUUGUGUUAGAGGAUUACCUACUUGGUGCAGUUACAGGAGGCGGGUUCUUAAAUUCUCAUCAGAGGCCACAUCAGAUUGUCAGUGAAGGGGUUCGUAUUUGGAUGUUCUGAUCCUUGCAUACGGGUGGGAGGGAGGAGCCGGUGUUCUUUCACAGCAGGGCACGUGAGGGUUGGCCUGGCCCGGGUGAGGCUCACCUUGGGCGUGGCUGCAGCCUCCUAGGCAGGUAGGGUGCCCAAGGAAUGCCUUGCACGCUGGGAGAUACCAUACAGUAUGGAUGUGACAGUUAAUGUAUUUUGAUACUAGCUUGGCUCCUUAGUUCUCGCGUGCCUGCUCACAGAAUGUGUGCAUUCGUGUUGCUCUCGUGUACUGGAGGCAUCGGCCCUGACUGGCAUGUUGCUUUGGGCACCGCUGGGCGGCCCCCCCGUGUCUUCUCUAAGAGGGCUUCGUGCCCCGUCGCAAGUGGAGCUGCAAGAAGAUACUCCUCCUCGGGCUUCCGGUCGCAUCUCCCUUCGGUCUGCGGUGACACCCUCUUCUUCUGGAAGCUGGUUUCACAUGGUGGCUUAGAUUUUUCCAUCUUUGUAUCUAGCACCAUUUGAAAUCAGUGUUUUAGGAGUAAGAAUUGCAGCGCAGCAGGGCGUGGACGUCAAGGAACUGCUCUCAUGGAACUGGCUCCUCUCCCCUGGCCACCUGAGCCUGCGCGAGAAGCCGGGGGAAGCACUUGAACAGCAGAGUCGCUCUGGAAAACGCUGCGUUGUUGGAGGGCUGCCGGUGGGAGGCUUGUGUGUAACGCGGUGGCUUGAGCAGGAGCAGAGGUUGCGACGCUCUUCCUGUUGACUGCUCACAGCCGGUGACGGCUGAUGCGCUGGCAGGGCUCGGAGCUGCGAUCAUGUUAGCAGGUGCUGACGUAUUGGGUAUUGAUUGUGACAGGCGAGGGGGAGGGCCGUGUGCUAGAGGGCUGUUCCGACCACACCAGCGCUGGCCGCCCGCCCCCAGAGGAUGCCCCCGAGCGUUCAGCUGUGUUGCCGCGCAGCUGUCAGACUUGUCACCUGCGCACAGGUGCAGCCCUGGGAGCGCCACCGGCCCAUCUCUUACACAGGCUGACCGAUUUCUCCUGGUGUUCAGAGUCUGUUUUUGUCUAGCACCAUUUGAAAUCGGUUAUGAUGUAGGGGGAAAAGCAGCGACCUCCACGCCUCGUGCCACCGCCUGUGGUGUCCUGGAAGACGAACGGGCAGAGUGGGGAAGAUCAUCACACCUCCCCUCCUGACUUCUUUAACUGCAUUUAUGAUAGCGUUAUUGCAGAGGUAAGAUGUAAAGUAAUGGAUCUGAAAGCAACAAAUCACUGUAAUUUAUCUGAUGCUCUCCGUUGUGUUUUCUGAAGUGCGGAACUGCUAUAGAUUGAAUAAACUUGGUUGCUGUUGAAUUAUCUUUCUGUUAAGCCUGAGCCUAUUCAUACAUCCUGACCUUAAUAAAUAAUUUACUAUAUUCAAUUUA